GUGAGAUCAAACGUAGUAGUAGUAGUAGAGUUGCGAGAGAGAAGAAGGGAAGUGUGCGGUUAUGUUAACCAUGACGUCAUCCUCUACGAUUCUCACCGGAGAAGACGAAGAAGAAGAUCACCGCCCGCCCGCACAUUCUCAUCGACGGCGCUGGAGCACUCCGGAUGAGCAGCCGGAUACACAAGAGUGCAGGGAACAUAACAACAAUCUUGACAGUUACAGCAGUUUCUAUCUAGGAGGAAAGAUAUCGUCGCCGUGGGGAACGCGUGGACCGCCGCUGCUCACUGACUCGUCGAGAUGGCGCGGAGAAGAGAGGAGAGGAAGAAGCGUGACUAGGAAGCGAGAUCUGCCACCGUAUUUGACGACGCUUGAUUGUAACGGACGGCCGAGAUAUCAUCACAGGAGAGUAAGAAGCGAAGGAAGGCUUGAGAUUGCCAGCGUGGCAGUAGAUUCACCCGAGAUCGUUAGUGUUCGUGGAAUAGAAGGACUCAGAAUCGGAACAGUUAGAAUUAGUCAACAAAACCAUGCAGAUGAUGAUGAUGAUGAUGAUGAUGAUGAUGAUAAACAACAACAGAAUCACUGAUCUUCCUCUUGAUUUUUCUUUAUAAUUUUGGUGCUAAUUUUUCGGGACAAAACGAGAUUUGUAGUCUGAUCCGUUAGAAACAGAGAAGGAA